AUGAACAAUGCUUUCAUUAUGAACAAACAUGAAAUAUCGACGCUUUCUGGCGACCAAACUCCAGAGGAAAGUAGCUGGACGAUGUACUUUGAGGAUUUCUUCGAGGCUUCUUCAAGUGUUGUUGAUGUCGGAGAUUGCAGCUCUUCCUUCGUCUCCGACGCAAUGUCUUGCGUGGCUACUAAGAAAACCCUCAACGUAUCUAAGCAAGAAGGAUUUAAUUCUUCCAAAAGAUUUAACGUCAAGAGGACAAGAAAUAGAGAGAUUCCUUUUGGUCGUCAUCAUGAUCUUGAAGACACCGCCUCUUCUCCUUCUCGUAGUCCUAACAUCAGCUUUAACAAGUCAAAUGCACCUUAA